AUGAAGAAGCUUGCUAAUGAACAAGGGCCAAGGAUCAGAAAAAUAUCAAAAAAUACAGUAGAGUAUCAAAAAAUAGAGAAAUACCAAGAAGUAUUAGAAAAUAUUGGGGAAAAGAUGCUUGACAGACAAGCACUGGGAGAGUUUAUUAAGCAGCCAGUUAAAUGGGAGAUGAUUGUAUAUUUGGCAGAAAAAGCAAGCAAAGUGCUACAGUGUGUAUCGGCAAUAGAUAGAAGAAUAGGGGGAAGGUAUAAUGGAAAUAUGGGAUAUAAGAAUUUUCCGACUCUAGAACACUUUAUAUCGAAUCUUUGUGAGCAGUCAAAUGUACAGGUGCCAACAUUGAUGUCGGUUCUUGUAUAUCUUGAAAGAUUACGGUGUAAGCUUCCACGGGUGGCAAAAGGGAUGAUAUGUACAUGUCAUCGUAUUUUCCUUGCAUCACUUAUUUUGGCUGCAAAAUAUUUGAAUGAUUCAUCACCAAAAAAUAAGCACUGGGCAAAAUAUACAAAUAACCUUUUUUCAUUAACGGAAGUGAACCUUAUGGAGAAACAGCUUUUGACGCUUUUGGAUUGGGAUCUUUCGAUUACUAUACAAGACCUAUAUAAGGUUUUGGCGCCUUUUUUAACGCCUAUAAAGCAUACAAUAAUGGCCUGGCAAACGACUCGGUCGGAACAAUAUAUGUCAUCACCUUUACCUUACUUUAUGUAUUCUUCUACGGGUUGUACUCCACCGAAAUCACCAAUAUGGACUAAAAGGUUAUCAUUAAUGAGCUCUCCUGCUAUGAUGCCAUCUCUUUCAUCAUCAUCCACUGUUUCCAGUUUAGCAGAAAGUCCAGACGAGUCUUUUGCAUCUGUCUCCAAUAUGCAGACCUCUUUGAAAAACUCCAGAAGACAGCUUUAUUAUCAAUAUUUAAAGGAGCAGGACUUUAAUCCUUACAAAAGUUAUAUGUUGUCAUCACCUACGUAUUAUUUGUGA